AUGUGCCGUGAAUUUCAGCAGCUCGUUGUCUGUUGCUCUGAGCACUGCCCUGAAAGCAAUUACGGCGUCCGUCUGCCACUCCUCCGCCUCAAGCUCAAGCCAAAGCCCUUCUACGUUCUAUGCGAGAAGGCCCACGAGCUCGGCUAUCGUCCAAACGCCAACUGCAUGGGAACUCUUGUUGCCAACUACAACCCGGAAUGGUGUCCCGAGUUCCGCGGCGCCGGCCAUUUCCAGGAGGAAAUGGUUCUCUCGGCGGUUGCGUCCCGCAACAUGAUGCAGACACUGGCCAACGUCCUGGUCUUUUGUGGCACUUGUCUGGGAUUCGGCCACGCCGAGGCUCUAUCCUUGGAAAACGGUCGUCCCCAUGCUCGGCUCAACUCUGGACCUGGCCAGAUGCACGAUCCCGCCAUUUUGGCGCAGGGCAGCUGCCAGCGAAUGGAAGGUGAGUGGACCUGUUGCGCCUCUGGAGAAUGCGGCGAGGAAGGUAUGUGCGAGUUUCGCGCUGCUGCUAUCCUUGCUUCGACUACGGGACGUGAGCUUGCUCGGGAGGAAGCCCAAGCUGUUGCCACUGCUGCCGCCGCUCUCAUUGAAAUGAGCUGUCAGCACCAGAACGAACCCCAGACUGCUGUCGCUGUUGAUGAUGAUGAUCAGGCUACUGGUGUUGAUGAUGUGAUUGUCGUUAGCGGCUACUGUCCUCGUGGUUGCAAGAAGUGCAACUUUGGGCGGAACUCGCACCUUCGUAUCGACUAG